AUGUUUUACUUCCUCCUUUACCUCGUCUCGCAACUUGUGCUACUUGGUGCCUGGGUUUCGGGUACCUUGGACCCGUACCAGAAAAGACUGCAGGAAAUUGUCCUGUAUGCGAUGGGUGAGACAAAAGUAUCAUAUGGACUUAAGAAGAGUUUGACGGCCAAGAUACUCGCCGAAGAUUCGAAUUUGAGCAAGCUCCAGGAUCAGCUCGGCAAUGGGAUUGGGGGGACUUUUGGCAAGGGUGGAGUUGGCGAGGGAGUAGGAUCGGUGUUGAGCAAGGGGCUGUAA